GGUCGUCACACCCAGCAAGGGCCCUCCUCAGCGCACAGCCACACCAAAAAUAGCCACGUGGCGCGGCUUCGACGCGCGCGUCGUCAUCUGCCCUGCCGAACAUGCGUGCGCAACCCUGGCAACAAAAUCUUCAGAAGCCCCAGACUAUAAUCUCCUGUAUCUUUUCGUCUCCCUCCUACGCUCGCUUACCACACUUACUUCAUCUUGUCGCGAAGGCAACACUAUCGUUGAAUAUGCCGCCCCUGAGGAGCUCAGUCGGCGCAUUAGCGCGCCGCGCCCUAGUUACCGCCGGACCCGCAACCGCUCACACGCUCGCGAAGCGUGGGCUGAGCGUGAACCACACGCAGGGUGUCACGCUGGGUGUGAUUGCCGCGUAUGUGGUUGUUAUUGCGCUGUUGUGGAAUUUGCCGUAUGUACGAUGGGUGUUGUGGCCGUUCAAGAUGCUGGUCAUCGCCUUCCACGAAUUCGGGCACGCAAUAACAGCGUGCUGCACUGGCGGUCGCGUGGAAUCAAUCUCACUCGACCCUCAUGAGGGCGGUGUUACGCACAUGCGCGGCGGCAAGCAGGCCAUCACGCUACCCGCAGGAUACCUUGGAUCCAGUCUCAUCGGGGCGUUGUUGACAUUCUGCGGGUUCAACAUCAAUGCCAGCAAGAUCUGUAGUAUUGUUUUGGGUGUUUGUUUCCUUCUCACUUUGUGGUGGGGAAAGAAGGACUGGCUUACUAUUCUGACGAUCCUACUGGCAGUGGGUUUGCUGGUCGCGUGCUGGUUCAUCAAGCAUGCUGAGCCGCUGCGAUUCGUUGUGCUCUUCAUCGGCGUAAUGUCGAGUCUCUACUCGGUAUGGGACAUCUGCGACGAUCUCAUCCUAAGAAAAGUCAACUCGUCCGAUGCCAGCGUUUUCGCGAAGCGGUACGGCGGUUCUUCGCAGUGCUGGGGCAUCAUCUGGUCCAUGAUCAGCUUAGUCUUCAUGAUCUGCGGUAUCAUAGCCGGAUUAGCGGCGUUCAAGCAAAGCUUUGCGCAGCAGGAGGAGGACUCGAAGCAUCUCAUCCCUACGGUGCGCAUGUUGUUGAAGAUUUAAAAGAGCCGACUACGGACUUGUUUUGUGAGAUUGCAUUUGGGGAUUGGAUCUUGGGAGAAUGACCAGAAUCUACGAAAUGGAAGAUCCGG